CAAAUUGCUUCGUGAACUUGAACGUGUCGUCCGUCUCGAGCCCCCCGCACUUGGCCACUCUCCCAUAGCCUCAGCUUGUGUCGCUCCAGAUCAGCGGUCGGGACCGAAUGUGAGGCUCACUCUCGCGCUUCUGCCAGCGGCGGGUCAGUGCGGACUCGGAGCGAGGGGGGCAGGGACAGGGAAAGGGAGCAGAGGGAUUCAAUGCAGUUUGCAGCAGUCACUUCCAGCGGGAUGGACGCUGAGAUAUGCAGUGUCUCCGUGUAUUAACUGUUAACAGCUACGGGACUUUGUCCUACUUUUGAGAAGAGAAACGGCGGCUCAGAUCUGCGUGAACUUCACCAGCUUUAGUUUGGAGGCAUUGAUAACAGCAAUACGCUGUUUCUUCAGAAGCUUCUUUAUGGACGGUACUGCUCAAGGGCUCUUCACGUAGUCAACGGUGAGUGUGUGUGUGAGAGGAGGUGGACGCUGCGGUGGGACUCUGGGCAUGUGUAAAGUCUCCAUCAGUUCUGGAUCUCUGCAUCUUUUAGGAGCCCCUCUCUGGGCCUCUGUGCAAGAGUGUGUAUCCUGGCCGUGUGUUCGCCAUGGCUCUAGUUCAGGCACUGCCUGUGCCCACUGAUCACCCAAAGCCCAGCGCUGACAUCCAGCAGUGCUGCUCAGUGUCUCACUCCCCCCCCAUAGCUGUGGCAGGCACCAUGGGUUCUGUCAGCAGCCUGAUCUCUGGACGUACCUACCAGGAGCGGCACUGCCGAGCCGCCAGCGACUUUGGUGCCAAGUAUCGCAAACCCACACCUGCCAUAAGCUGUUUCCGACAGCAAGAGGGCACACUGCGCAGCGCCAGCUCACAGGAGCAGCUUCUCACCAGCCAGCCUCCUUUACCUGCUAAGAACAAAUCCUCUGCCCUCAUCUCUGCUGGCAAUGGCAACUAUGGCUAUUUGUGUGACGAGCCAGUGGGCGACUGGAAUGAUAACCAUGUGACCACGUGCAGCCCAUCCAGUGAUACUGAAGAGCCUCCUGAUAACAGAGGCAUGAAUGGUAAUAUUGGUGGUCCUCCACCCAAACUCGUCCCAGUGUCCGGCAGACUGGAAAAGAGUAUGGAGAAGAUACUUAUCCGUCCCACUGCCUUUAAGCCUGUCGUGCCCAAAAAUCGCAACUCUGUGCAGUACCUGUCUCCACGGUCAGGGGGCAGUCUGUCUGAAAGCCAGGGCAGCCUCAACCUCUUACUUCCUGGCAAUGGAGCGGGGUUGGGUUGUCAGGAAAAGCGCAACUCUUACAGUGGGGGACGCAACGCACGGAGUAGCCAGUCCGUCACCAUGUCCGACUCAGGCCGCAACUCCCUUUCUAGCCUACCCACUUACAGCAGCACAGGGUACAGCCUGGCACAGAGUGAAGUACCCACUGGGCACAUGGAAACCGCACGCUCCGGUGGUGGCCACGGACACUCUAACUCCGACAGCGGUCGGUCGUCAUCCAGUAAGAGUACAGGGUCUUUAAGUGGGCGUGGCCAGCCCCUCUCAGACAGCGGAUCAUGUGGCCGCUCCCCGGCUCCAGGAGAAGGUUACGAAGGCGUCAUUCGGGAUCUUGAGGAGAAGCUGAGGGAAAGAGACCUGGAGCUGCAGCAACUUAGGGAUAACCUGGAUGAGAAUGAGGCAGCCAUCUGUCAGGUGUAUGAGGAGAAACAGAAGCGCUGCGAGCAAGAGUUGGAGGACCUUCGGCAGAGCUGUGCCUCGAAGAUGAAGCAGGUGCAGCUGAAGGCACAACGGGCGCAACAGGUUCUGCAGUUGCAGGUGUUUCAGCUGCAACAGGAGAAGAAGAAAUUACAGGAGGACUUCUCUCAACUGCUUCAAGAACGGGAGGCAUUGGAGAAGAGAUGUGCCUCUUUUGAGAGGGAGCAGACUCAACUAGGCCCUCGUCUAGAGGAGACAAAGUGGGAGGUGUGUCAGAAGUCAGGUGAGAUUUCUCUGCUGAAGCAGCAGCUGAAGGACUUACAGGCAGAUCUUGGUCAGAAGGCCAGCGAGAUUGUUGCUUUGAAGGCCCAGUUGAGAGAGGCUCGUUCUGAGCUUCAAGCCAGCCAGACUCGCUCACAGGAAGCCCACGCCACAGCCCGCACUCGCACACUCGAACUCGAGGUUUGCGAGAAUGAGCUACAGCGCCGCAAGAGCGAAGCGGAGCUCCUGCGGGAGAAGAUGGGCCGUUUGGAGGAAGAGUCCACCCGUCUUAAAGAGGCUCUGGCGGUGCCCACAUCCCAAGCUCUACCUUCUAAAGGCCAAUGCAUGAGCUUGCCCCUGCCCCAAAGCCGUGGGGUGAUCACUCACGGGAUCAGUCCCGCUUUCCGGGACAACAACAGCGAAGAGCAGAUUCUAGCAUAUGAGAGUGAUGAAGCGAAGGUGCAGCGCCAAAGCAUGGACAUGCUUCACGGUCUCCGUCAGCAGGUGGACCGACUGCGGGCAGAGCUGAUGUACGAGAGGAGGCGGAGCGAGGACCAACUGGAGGGCUUUGACGAGGAACGCAGGGUGUGGCAAGAGGAGAAAGACAAGGUGAUCCGUUACCAGAAGCAGCUGCAGCAGAACUACAUCCAGAUGUACCGCAGAAACCGUGACCUGGAGCGUGUGAUGAGGGAACUUAGUCUGGAAUUGGAGAACAGGGACAUGGAGGAGUUUGACAUGCGUAGCAAUGAGAUCCAUUUUGAGGAGAUCACUGCCACUGAAAUCUAACCCACAUCUUACUCUACCCCCUCCAAAAAAAAAUACAUCUCCACUGUGCUUGUGUGAGGAGCACCAGUCCAUCUGCCGUGUCAUUUGGCAUGCUUCUCUACACUAUUUCAGACUUGUGUUCAAGGCAAGUUAUUGUUGUGAUGUCCACAGAGGCCAAUAAAACAGGGAAUGUUUGUAUUUAGACAUCUUUAUUAUCUCUUCCUGCCUCAGAAACCUGUGAGGGACUACAGAUGAAUGUAAAAUGACUGUGAACUGCAGUUAAAUGAUGCCAUUGAUGAAGGGAAGGAUGUCCUAAGAAAAUGGUGCUUUGUUGCUGACAAAACCCUAUAGUACAACUAGGGCUGUAAUUAAGUUCAAGAAAUCACAUUGGAAGUUCACAAAAGACGUGUUUUUUGUUGGAUAAACUACACAUUUAAACAGAAUACAGAGCUCUCGAUGUUUUUUACCCCUCAAAGUUUAUUUUACUACUUUGAACUACACGAUAUUGAAAUGAGUAGCAAGAUGAGACGUAAUGGCCAAAGAUGUAGUGAGAUGUUUGUAGUGUAGAGAGAACACUAGAAUGCGUCCUUUGUGAACUACCUUGGACAGAUUGACAAACCCAACUGUAGACCAAGGAUUGGCUUAUAUUCAAUCAUAUUAAGAAAAAAAUCUAACAUAUAUGAAACUGUCUAUUCAAUACUUCACUCGCCUGCUACACUUUAAUUUGGAAAUUAUUCUUAGCAAAUGUUCUUUGCGAUUCAUUUGAUUACAUAAUUAAAAUUGUUUGGAACUUGACAGCCUUUAUUACAAUCUUUUCAUUAGUUCAACUUACACACAAUCAGAAAAGACUGUCUCCGCACAGAAAUAUACAGAAAUGGCUAUGAGAUUGAAGAACUGG